AUGGAACAAGAACCCAUCUACGCUGUGGAGAAGUUCGACAAGUCCAAGGUCGAUCUAUCCAAACCUGCGAGGAAUGUUGAGGAGUAUAUGAGACAAGUUAUUGUGUCUCGAGAACAAAUGCAGGAUGUAACUGUGGCCAAAGAAAGUGUUCGUGAGAUCAAGAAGAGAACAGUUUUUAUCCCACAAGACGAAGAAGAGCCAGUUUGUUCAUUCGUUCCUAGUGCUGAAUGGAGGGAAGUGAAGGUAUGUAUCUGUUGUUAUUUUUGAUGUUUAGAUAGUUUAUUUUCUUCAGUUAACCAAGCUUUGUAUGAAAUUUUAGACAACAAAACUCUAGCUGAAGUUGUAGAUGUUCUUUUAAUUGACUAUACAGUCUUCCAAGCUUCCUAUCUUGUUCUAAUUGCUUUCAAAUGAGCUUUUAACUACUUGGCAAAGAUUUGAGCAUACUGAGGUAUUAAUUUUGAAUUUUCUAACUAAUUAUUAUAUUGUUUUAGUUGGCCAAUUUUAAGCGGAUUCGAGAAGUAUUCGAAAUUAAGCGGCAAAGAUGUGCCAGUAAGCUUGAUGUGAAGUUUCCAGGACAAGUAAGACUAUUUUCGCUAACUAUAUUUGAAUUUUAGAAUAACGAAAGUGGGUGGAUUGAUUUUUGUUUGACAACGAGAAAUGCAAAUGUAAGUCUAUUAAUAUUGAAGGUUUUCAAUAGAUUUUAAUAUGGAUUUGAAGGCUUAUUUUUGCAUGUUAAUUUUAAUAUUGAUAUGAUGAGUUGUUUUUUAGGUACAUAUUUCCCCAGAGAACGCUGAAAAGUUUGCACAUCACAAAGGAACACCUCCAACGUUACAAUUGAUGUUGACGAUGCCAGAUAGAUACGUUAAACCAUUGAUAAUUCAUCUUGUCAAGGUGAGAUAAGCUUUGUGUUAGAAGGAAUACGCUAUAUUUGUCUUGUAGUAUCUGUUAUUGCAUGUUGAGUGGUUAAAAUAUUGUUUUAGCGCAUCAAAAACGUUGAAGGUUGGCUUUUUUAGCAAUUUGUUGUUGAAAAAAUGCCAUUUUUAAUGCUUUUGACUUGUUUAUUUUAUGAAUAUUACCUUAACUUGCCAGUAUCUGCAUAGCAAAAUAUAGUAAAAGAUCUAUUUUUAGCACUACAUUGAAAACGGGUACAGUAAACCGCUGUCAGAGUGGAUAUUCGCCUUGCUAAUAGCUGUUCCAGCCACUUUACCUUCGGAUGUGGUUAGUCAACUACGUGAUUUCACACGAUAUUUGAAAUCAAAACGAGCAGAACUAACUGAAGAUCAACUAGAUCGUAUUCGAGAGUAUACCUUGUUCAUCACGAUCAUCACCAUGUACUUUAGGCAAAAGGAUCUUGCCGACAAAUAA